AUGGCUUCCAGGAAGAAGGUUCUCCUCAAGGUCAUUAUCCUCGGCGACAGUGGUGUCGGCAAGACCAGCUUGAUGAACCAAUAUGUACGACUCCCACGACUCUCGCUCGGCGAUCGCACAGCCCCAAGCUAUAGAGCGCUGCUCACACAAAUCAUACAGGUCAACAAGAAGUUCAGCGCAAGCUACAAGGCGACAAUAGGCGCCGACUUUCUGACCAAGGAAGUCAUGGUCGACGACAGGCUGGUGACAAUGCAGCUCUGGGAUACCGCUGGACAGGAGCGCUUCCAAUCACUCGGUGUCGCAUUCUACCGCGGUGCCGACUGCUGCGUGCUCGUAUACGACGUCAACAACUCGAAGAGUUUCGAUACCCUGGACAGCUGGAGAGACGAGUUCUUGGUCCAGGCUAGUCCCAUGGACCCUGAGAGUUUCCCAUUCGUCGUCAUUGGCAACAAGAUCGAUGUUGAGGAGAGCAAGAGGAUGAUCUCAUCGAAGCGCGCCAUGACCUUCUGCCAGUCCAAAGGCGGCAUUCCCUACUUCGAGACCAGCGCCAAGGACGCUAUCAAUGUUGAGCAGGCGUUUGAGGUCAUCGCACGGCAGGCGCUUGCGCAGGAAGACGUGGGCGACUUCAGCAACGACUUCCCCGAGACGAUUCCCAUCGACCUGAAGGGCAGUGAGGGCGGAUGCGCGUGCUAG